AUGUCAUACAAUGGUAUUGGUUUAAAAACUGCACGUGGUUCUGGAACAAAUGGAUAUGUGCAAAGAAAUUUAUCAUUUGUAAAUACAAAUCAUGUUAAAACGGAUUAUUCAAUGAGCAAAGAAAGAGAGAGUAUGUUAGAGCAACAAAUGAAGCAAUCUAGACAACCAACUAAAAAAGCAAAUCAAGAUAUUAUUGAACAUAAUAAAAAAAGAAAAAUUGAAGUAUUAGUUGCACAAUGGGCUGAAGAAAAUGACUUGUAUGAAAAAUACAAGGAUGAAGAAUUAGAAUCAUUGUUAUCAAAAAAGAGAGAAGAAUUAAUAAAAGAACAGCAAGACAAAAAACCUGAACAAGAUGAAGAUGAUACCCAAAAUAGAAAUAAAGGUUUCCAUGAAAGACAGUAUAAUAAAGAAAAGGAAAUUCAAAGAUUUACAGAUGCAUUAAAACUUAAAGACUAUAUACCUGGCACUUCAUUAGAUAAAAAAGUUCAACAAGAAAAAAAAGAAAGAAGACAUCAAGAGUAUUUACAAAGACAAAAAGAAAGAGAAAGAAGAGCAAAAGAAAUGGAAAAAUUAGAAAAAGAAAAAAGAAGAGAAAGAGAAAGGGAAAGAGAAAGAGAGAGAGAAAGAGAAAGAGAAAGAGACAGAGACACUUAUGGAAGAAAUAGAGAUAGAAGCAGAAGCAGAAGUAGAAGCAGAGACAGAGACUACAAAAAGAAAGAUAAAAGAAGAAGAAGCAGAUCAGACUCAAGAUCACCAUCAUCCUCACCAGACUCAAGAAAAACCUAUAGAAAUAACAGAUCACCUUCGGUGACACGUGAAGAAACCCAUAGUAACAAUAAAAGAAACAGAUCACCAUCAAGAGAAAACAACUCACCACAAAGAAAGAGACAAGAGUUUGAUACUGACCGUAGAGAUGAUAGUCCACAAAGAGCUAAAAGAAGCAGAUCUCCAUCGCCCUCUCAAUCACCACCAAGAAAUAAAAGUAAUAGAGAUAGAUCAAUAUCAAGAUCACCUUCACCUUCACCUUCACCAAAAAAAAAUAGAAAUAGAUCACCCUCAAGAUCACCACCAAGAAAUAGAAAUAGAGAUAGAUCACCCUCACACUCACCCUCACAAUCACCACCAAGAAACAAAAAUAGAAACAACUCAAGAUCAAAAUCACCCCCAUCAAAGAGAAUUUCAGAUGAUGAAUCCGACAGAUCACCACCAAGAAAUAAAAAUAAUAGAGAUAAGUCUCCAUCAAGAUCACCACCAAGAAAUAGAAAUAGAUCACCAUCAUCGAGCAGAUCAAGAUCACCACCAAGAAAUAGGAAUAGAAACGACAGUGAUUAA